CCAUUUGCAUCCUCUUCUCUCUGAAUACUGAUCCCUCUUCACGCGCACAACAAUUCAAAGUUCAACCCCUUUUCCUUUUCAAAUCUCAAAGAAACCCUAGAAAAAUCGUUACUGGUGACUCGAUCUAUCGUUCUUUUCGAUCAAAUAUCUAGGGUUUCGUUUAAUCUCUUACAACUUUUUUCUUCCCACCACCUCUAGAUUCUUUGUUUGGGAUUCUUUGUCUACUCAGUUCUUGGUUUGCUCGGCUUCGAUCUCUUCCAGACUUCUAGCUUGUUGGAUUUGAUAGAUCAAAAAUGGAAGCGAUCGAAGAAUUGGUUCAGCUGUCGGAUUCGAUGCGGCAGGCGGCGGCUUUGCUUAAUGAUGAAGAUGUUGAUGAAAACUCAUCGUCAUCUUCAAGGCGGGGUUCUACAUUUCUUAACGUUGUUGCUCUUGGCAAUACGGGUGCAGGUAAAUCAGCAGUUUUGAACAGUUUGAUUGGACAUCCUGCUUUGCCGACUGGUGAAGGUGGUGCGACUCGGGCGCCUAUAUGCAUCGACUUAAAGAGGGAUGAAAACUUAAGCAGCAAAUCAAUUGUACUGCAGAUCGAUAGUAAAUCCCAACCAGUGUCUGCAAGUGCUCUUCGGCAUUCUUUACAGGACAGACUUAGUAAAAUAUCAAGCAAGAGUCGCGAUGAAAUAUAUUUGAAACUUAAAACGAGCACAGCUCCUCCUUUGAAAUUGAUUGAUUUGCCUGGAGUGGAAAAAGGGAAUCUUGAUGAUUCAUUGAGUGAAUAUGCUCAGCAUAAUGAUGCAAUUCUGUUGGUUGUAAUACCUGCUGCUCAGGCGCCCGAAGUUGCAUCUGCUAAAGGCCUUAGAAUUGCAAAGGAAUAUGAUGGAGAAUGUACAAGAACUAUUGGUGUUAUUAGCAAACUGGACCAAGCAUCUGCAGAUCCCAAAGUCCUUGCCGCUGCUCAAGCACUUUUAUUGGGUCAAGGACCACGAAGUGCAGCCGAUAUUCCAUGGGUUGCUCUAAUUGGUCAGUCAGUUUCCAUUGCUUCAGCACAGUCAGGAAACGUGGGAUCUGAUAACUCGUUAGAAACUGCUUGGCGAGCUGAAAGUGAAAGUUUGAAAUCUAUAUUGACGGGAGCUCCACAGAGCAAGCUUGGUAGAUUAGCUUUGGUUGAGACACUAGCUCAUCAAAUCCGUAGCCGUAUGAAGAUAAGGCUUCCGAGCCUUUUAUCAGGGCUUCAGGGUAAAUCUCAGAUUGUGCAAGAUGAGUUGGUAAGGCUCGGAGAAUCAAUGGUUAGUAGUUCUGAAGGUACAAGGGCAUUGGCUUUGGAACUUUGCCGCGAAUUUGAGGACAAAUUUCUUCAACACAUUAUGACUGGAGAGGGUAGUGGCUGGAAAGUUGUGGCAAGUUUUGAGGGUAACUUUCCAAAUAGGAUCAAGCAGCUUCCUCUAGACAGACAUUUCGAUAUAAAUAACGUCAAGAGGAUUGUGCUAGAGGCAGAUGGUUACCAACCUUAUCUUAUAUCUCCAGAAAAAGGACUGCGGUCUUUAAUAAAGGGUGUAUUAGAGCUGGCCAAAGAGCCAUCACGUCUUUGUGUUGAUGAGGUUCAUCGUGUGCUUGUGGAUAUAGUUUCAGCAUCAGCAAAUGCCACACCUGGGCUUGGAAGAUAUCCUCCUUUUAAGAGAGAGGUUGUGGCAAUUGCUACUACCGCCUUGGAGGGUUUUAAGAAUGAUGCAAAGAAGAUGGUGGUUGCACUUGUUGAUAUGGAGCGAGUGUUUGUUCCACCCCAGCACUUCAUCCGUUUGGUCCAGAGAAGGAUGGAUAGGCAGAGACGAGAGGAAGAGAUCAAAACCAGAUCUUCCAAGAAGGCCGUGGAUGCAGAACAGUCCUUGCUAAAUAGGGCAACCAGUCCUCUAACAGGAGGCAACUUGAAAUCAAUGAAGGAUAACAAGCAAGACAAGGAUACACAAGAUGGGCCUGCUUUAAAGACCGCAGGACCUGAGGGAGAGAUAACAGCAGGAUAUUUAUUGAAGAAAAGUGCAAAAUCUAAUGGAUGGAGUCGAAAGUGGUUUGUUUUAAAUGAGAAAACUGGGAAGCUUGGAUACACUAAAAAGCAAGAGGAGAGAAAUUUCCGUGGCGUGAUCACUUUGGAGGAAUGCAAUAUUGAAGAAAUUGAAGAGGAGGAACAACCCCCACCUAAAAGUUCAAAGGAUAAAAAGUCAAAGGUGGAAGAAAAAGCACCCAGUCUGGCAUUCAAGAUAACAAGCAAGGUUGCAUACAAGACAGUCUUAAAAGCUCACAGUGCUGUUGUUUUAAAGGCUGAGAAUGCUGCAGAAAAGGCCGAGUGGUUAAACAAACUGAAAACUGUAGUUGGUGCUAAAGGAGGUCAAGUGAUUAUGAAGGCAGAUGGUCUUCCCAUUAGGCAUAGUCAAUCAGAUGGUUCCCUUGAUACGAUGGUCAGGAAACCUGCAGAUCCAGAGGAAGAACUUCGUUGGAUGGCUCAGGAAGUACGUGGUUAUGUCGAAGCUGUUUUGAACAGCCUUGCAGCAAAUGUUCCAAAGGCGGUUGUUCUUUGCCAAGUAGAAAAAGCUAAGGAAGACAUGCUGAAUAAGUUGUAUAGUUCUGUAAGUUCUCAGAGUACGGGAAGGAUUGAAGAGCUGCUUCAAGAGGAUGGUAACGUUAAGCGUAAAAGGGAAAAGGUUCAAAAGCAAUCUUCCCUGCUCUCUAAACUCACCAGGCAACUGAGCGUUCAUGACAAUCGAGCAGCUGCAGCCUCCAACAUGUCAAAUGGUAGUAGUCCUGCAGAGAGUCCAAGAAGUAGUGGACAAUCAUCAGGUGAUGACUGGCGAUCUGCCUUUGAUGCUGCUGCUGCCAAUGGCCCUUCAGACCUGGGGUCUAGGUUUGGGUCGAAUGGUCAUAGCCGCAGGAACAGUGACCCUAGCCAGAAUGGUGAUGUUGGGUCAGGUUCUGGAUCGAACUCCGGCAGUCGGCGCACUCCAAAUCGGCUGCCGCCAGCACCACCUGGUUCUGGUUAUAGAUUUUAGAUUUGAUUAGUUAAAGGAAAUGAAAUUGAUUGUUGUUGGGAUGGGUAUGGAGCUGAUAUGAAUGGUAUGUUUUGUAGAGUUGGUGCGACAACACAUGUUUUGUAGAUAUGACAGCAUGAGAAAUAUUGGUCUGGUAAUUUUGUAGGUUGUGUGUUUGUUAUUUCGUUCUUUUGGUUUGUAUACGUAAGACGGCCUCAUACUUGUAUCGUUUCUAUUCUUGGGAUUGGAAUCCAUGAACGUGUCGUAGGAAUUGUUGCUUGUUUUUCAUUCUUCCAUUUUUCCGAUCAUAAGUGCAAAAUUAUGUGUG